ACUUCCGGUUUCUUUAAAAAAAAACACGAUGGAAGACCUGAGCACUUUGAAGGUAGUUGAAUUGAAAGAAAAAUUGAAAGAAAAAGGUUUGACUGUAUCUGGGUCUAAACCAGAGUUAUUGAAGAGAUUAAAAGAUGCCAUGGAAUUAGAAGAAACAGCAGAGCUAGAAGAAACUGAAGAAGUGGUAGAACAGGUGGUUCUCCAAGAAGAGGAGGAGGAAGAGGAGGUAGAUGAUGAUAUGACCUUGACAGAGGACAAAUUAGAGAUAACUGAAUCUAAAACAGUUCCUGUGAGUUCAAGUAAGGAAUCCAUAGAAAAUGGUAAACCAAAGAAGAUCUCUUUAUCAGGAUUUUCAGAUGCAGAGAGGUUAAAAAGUAGAGCAGAAAAAUUUGGUGCUGUUAGUUCUGAAGCAAAGAAACAACUAAGAGCAGAAAGAUUUGGUUUGUCAGAAAAAUCUUCAAACAUAUCAUCAGCAAAAAUCUCAGGAGAUGUAUCAGCAGAUGCAGAUAAAUUAAAACAAAGAGCAGAAAGAUUUGGUGUAGUUUCUCCUGUUUUAUCUAAGGUAGCUGAUGUAGAGAAAUUAAAACAGAGAGCUGAAAGAUUUGGUGGAUCUGUAGCACCAGCCUUAAGUAAAAGUGAAGAUCAAGAGAAGAUAUUAAAGAGAAAAGAAAGAUUUGGUGCUAUUAGUACUGUAGCUGUCAGUUCUGAAGUGGAGGCAAAGAAAUCUAAAAGAGCAGAAAGAUUUGGACUAACAUAGAGGCCAAGAAACAUUUCAACAUUGACACUGCCAUUUAGAUCAUUUUAUAAUACAAAGAUCCCACACAAAAUAUUUCAUAUUUGUACAUAGAUUAGUCAUGAAUUGAAACAUUGUUCAUCUGAGUUAUUUGUUUUCAAACAAUCUGAGUAUAUUGUUUAAUCAAAUACUACUUUUUUAUUACACCUUGGAUUUAGCACAUAUAAUUUACUCAUUGUCUGUUCUGUCUUGUUGAAAUAUAACUGAUGUCUAUUAUAUUUUCUGCUGCCCACAAAUAAUAACUGAUUUUUGUAGUUUAUUUGCAUAAUGAUGAUUUAUAUUCAGUAUUCAUUUCAUUUUGGUUUACAUGCUUUGACAAAAUUAAAACCCAUCUAUUUAGAAAAUCUCUUGAAAAUUACACAUGCCAACAUGGUUUUCUUUUUUAUCAGAGUCUCCAGAUGUUGAACUUAUUGUUCUUAUGAGAAGUAUACCAAUGUUUAAUUCAAAUAAGAGAACAAGAUUGGGAUUUUUUUAUUUAGUGUAUUGAGGGAGAAUUGGCAUCUGUUCAUAUCUUAUUUGCUGCAGGCGAGGGCAUUUGUAUUGUAGAGAAACUCAUUUUGUAUUUAUAACCUUAAAGUUGAAAUUCACAUGUUAAUGACAUCAUGAUAUUAAAAACUAAAAAAUGGCUUAAGUUUGCUUUGAAUUUUAAAACUAUGGAACAUUAUUAUCUAACAUAAAAAAACAGGUUAUGAAUGAUUUUCACUUUCUGGAUUAUAAGUAGUUUGCUUGGAUUGAAUGUAAAUCAGACAAACUACUAUCACUUGUAUUCAUUGUAGUGUAGAUUGUUUCUGCAUUAAGGAUUCUGAAUUGUUUUGAUUUGUCAUAGUAUCAAAACCAGACCUUUGAGUCACUGGUCUCUGUCUGUUUCUCUGUUUUCUCUUUCCACUAUGUAGUUAACACCUAAAUAAUUUAUGAAAGGUGAAUGAUCUACCAUAUAAAAAUAAGGAGAUGUGGUAUGAUAGAAAGAAAACAGAAUUACUGAAGAAGGCCACUGACUGAAAUGUCUGAAAAAUGGUUUCUACACUACAAUAAUGUUUUUUUAUUUUAUAAAUUUGUACAAAUGAAUCAUUCAACAGGGGAAAUUAAUUCAUGUGCAUUGAUAAAAGGCUAAGAUCUCUGAAGCAGACUAUUUCCCAUCACAGUAAUUGUGCCUUUCUGAAUACAAGAUUAUAAAAUGCA